ACGGGCUCGGUGUUGUGAGAAUCCCUUGCCAGUACCUCAAGCAGAAAGGAAAUCUUCAUCAGUAUUCAGCAAAUCCCUCAAUCGGGACUUCAGUGACGACCCCCAGAGCUGAAGAUUUGUCAACCAGUAGCGGUGGCAGCAAUAUUACCCUUCCUUCCACAACUGGCGGCAGUAGCAGUACUAACAGCAGAAGAGAAUCGGUCCGAUUUCACCAGGCGAUGAGCAAGGUGGAUGAGAAGACGAGGCCAUUAACGAGAGCAGGGCGCAUUCAACAGCCGACAUCAGCAACAGAAGAUCAAGGGUCAAAUGCGGCUUCUUCAACUUUAUCUUCUACUACCAUUUCAUCAUCAUCAUCUGAUUCCCCCGCCCCCACAGCAACUGCUGCUGGGACUGCGACGCUGCAUCUGAAGAAACGGAAAUUGGAAGCUACUGCUCCAGAACCGAGUGGAAAAUUUGGAGGUGGCAAAGGAAAAGCACAACAACCUCAUCAAUCCAAAAAGAAUUUCCAAUCGCAACAGAAGAAAGAAGAAGCGAUGCUCGAAGCUGCUGUUGGCGGAGGAAGUAAGGAAGACGACGGUGGUGGCGCGGGAGCUGCUGCUAAGCGGCGGAGAAAAACGUUACGAUGCGGCAGUGACAGUACAGACGAGACAGAAACCAAGGCCGCAGAAGCAGACUCGAGUAGUGCGCAAAAGACACCCGUUUUGUUGCCCCAGAAGAAGCGUGCGUUGCCGUCAGGCAGCUGUGGCAACACUGCAACCUCGCCUGUUCGAAGUCCUGCGAGGAAAUCUUCUAAGGCAGUUACUUCAUCCUCAACGACGAGCAGCACUUCAGCAACAGAAGAGGCCGUAGACGAUGAGACGCUUAUACGAGAAACUGAAGCAGCGCUCAAAAGUCUUUCCGGAAGCUGGCCCGGACCGCGCAGCUCUUUCUACAACCGUGGUAUAACGGAGCACGAAGAUCGCUUCGAGUCACCAACUUUCGAAAACCUUUUUGAAGAGAAAAAAGUUAAUAACAAAAUGUCACCAUCCUCAUCGUCAUCUUCGUCAUCUGGGUGCAGUGAGUCCUCGUCUUGUUCCCUUAAAGACGUCAUAACACUUCGUGGUCAGCAACAGGACAGUAGAAGUCCACGAACAGGGACAGACGGAAAAGCUCCUGGAGGAAUAGCUACUAACACAACAGGAUCUAGCAACCAACAGAUGAAACAACAAUCUGAUGGUAGUGGCAAGGCGCCAUCUUCAUCCACAACGAAGUCCAACUGUAAAACAAAAUCCCAAGACCGAGAUGUAUCCCAACAGCAAAUUGCUUACCAAGAAGGCAACGAACUGGAGAAUCUGCUGAAGAUAGAGAAUGAAUGUGCUACGAUUCAGUCUCAAGUAGGAAGUAGUGGACCCAAUGCACAACAGGACACGAGAAGAAAUGGCGAUAACAAGGGAAUGAAGGACAAGAGUGCGUUAUCAGUCGCAAAUUCGUCAACGGAAGGAACUCCAUCUUCCAGCAGAGGAAUAGAAUAUGCGGCCACUUCAAGGUAUGAACCAGACUUCAACGAGCUUGUCGAUGAUUCGUCCAACGAUCUUGAGAUUGACAUGUCUGAUCCAUCAGGAGACAAAGAAGAUGACGAUGACUCGGAUCGUAGCAGCAAGACAGAAGACAAACAAAAACGGAAGGAACACAGCGCAAAUCUUAAAGAUGGAGUUACCAUCUCAAGCAGCGAAGAACAGGCAUCGUCAUCUUUCCAAGAUCGUCAACAUACGUUCGGGGCUACUUCUCAGGCACAGCGACAGUUUCAGCCGAACAAACCCACUUGUGCCAGUACCACAGCGGCCAGUACGAUGUUGCCCACGACAGCUACACCUUCGCCUUCACCGUCUUCAGCCGUGUCCUUCUCAGCAACCUCCGCAUUCCGAGCUAUCAACAGUAGUCAAUCAUCGAAAGACUCGUCAGUAUCACCUCGACUACCGGUGGCACCGUCUUCUAGCAUUGAUCUUCAAGGAUCCGUUGGAGGGGCGAUACCACCAAUAGGACCUUUUCCUGCAUCUGCAACAUUUGUUGGAUAUCCAGGAUCUGUCGGUCUACAGGGUCAUGGUCCUGACAGCGGCGGUGGCCACCAACACACUGUGACGUCCUUGGACGAGAAACACACUGCAGCAGCCGUAUGUCUUCUGCAGCUGAAGUCAAACAGCAAGGCAGAAGAAGACAAUAAGAGACAAGAAGUAGUUGGGAACGAAUCAACGUCGCAUUCUGGAACAAAGGCUGCCUCAGUGUCGGUGACAUCCCCAGAUGCUACGUCCUCUAAGCAGUAUACUAUAUUGCAGCCAGCUGGGGCGGGAUCUCGGGCUGCAUCGGCGAUACAGGAUGUGACGCGUGAAGGUGUGCUCAGCGUAUCGGCAGUCAGCAGCAGCAGUAGUAGCAGCGCUAGCAGUAGUGCGGGCGUAUCAGUGGCGCCGUUACAUCAUCAACAGGCUACUUCUGUUACGGCUCCUAACGGCUCCGACCCUAAUGGCACGUCCAAAAUUGCGUCUGAGAGGGUCUGCUCUUCUGAACUCAACCGCCCCUCUGGGCCAUUGUCUCCUUCAGGUCUUAACAGGGAAGGUAACAAAUGCCCGACACCAGGUUGCAACGGACAGGGUCAUGUGACUGGACUAUACUCACACCACAGAAGCCUGUCAGGAUGCCCAAGGAAGGAUAAAGUUACUCCAGAAAUCCUGGCGAUGCAUGAGACUAUCCUGAAAUGUCCAACCCCUGGUUGCAAUGGUCGAGGUCAUGUUAGCACCAAUCGCAAUACCCAUCGGAGCUUAUCAGGCUGCCCAAUAGCGGCUGCUAACAAGCAGGCAUCCCGGGAGCACAAGCUUCACCACCAUCACCAUCGCACGGCGGGGCCCGCUACUGCUGCCUCCUUGGCAGUUCCAAACUGCCAGUCCGAGUUCACGCCUACGGCUGGGGGCAGUGGGUUCAUCAGCAAGACGCCUCUAGCCCCGCCUCCCCACAUGAUGGCCACCACCUCCGGAUGUUCCUUACAACAUACAGACGUCAAGCCUUGCUACUCUAUGGGCUACGGUUCUGCCUCGAGAAGCAGCAGUGGGAAGGAUACCUCAGACAAAUUCCCUCCAACCCCUGGUGGGAAGUCAGAAUUCGUGCACUCGCCUUACUAUGUCAGUAGCAGUAGCAGUACUGGUAGCAAACCGCCAGCGGGAAGCCUCAAACAGCCCCAGACUCCCGAGGAUCUCGACUCACACAGCAGAGGGAGCGCUAGUACAGGGUCCACCGGUAAAGUGAUUCCGAAAACUGAAGUGACAGGCACCAGCAGUUGUUGUAGCAACACUGGUGUCCGAGGUGAGUUGUUGGUACCCAAGACAGAAGCCGCUAAUGGGAAUGGUGCUGGUGUUGGUGUUGGUGCGGGAGUGGGGGGUGCCGGCGCUAACUCUUGCAGAUCGUGUACACCACCCCCUCCAGCUCCCCUUAGACAAACUAGCUUCGACCCAACGACAUACCUCAAUCAGGAUUCGAAUUCAUCCUCAGUGUCCAGUAUGGAGACAUUAGGUUCGCGUUCAGCUGUUGGUGGGGGUGGUGGCGGUGGUGGGGGUGGCGGGGGUGGAGGAAGUGCUAACCCUAUGUCAAGUGGCACACAUCACCAUCUCCAGCAUCCUCCCCAUCCCCAUAACCCUGUACCUCAACACCAUCAACACCCACACCAUCCACCGCCGCCACCGGUACCCUACAAUACUAUGUCGUUAGUAGAAGACCCUCGGACACUUCAUCAGAUUCCUCAGAGAUCGCCGUACGAUUCCACGGCAAUGGUACCAACCUCGUCAGAUGAACUUUACCACCACCGACCAGAUCAUUCUGGUAGACAGUACAACGCUAUGAACAAUGUGAACAAUAACGCUAACAUCAGCCGGCCGAUAGUGGCUUACUCCUCCGAAAUGACAGUGCGAUCAUAUGACACAGGUGUUGUAACCACCCCGGGACAUCGGCCAUACGAUCCUGGCACUGCAACGGCGUACGACAGAUACGACACAACUCAACAAGCUUGCAACCCUAUUCAACAACAGCAACAACCACCUCCUCAACAUCCACAGAGGCCUCCCCCACCACCACCACUGCCCAGUAUGUACGGCUACGCGCCUAGUCAGGGGACUCUCGGUGAACAUGAGCAGCAGGUGCGGGAGUACCAUCAAGAGGCCGUGACGCAGCAACAGCAGCAGCAUCAGAUGGCCGUAGCGGCAGCUGCAGCAGCUGGCAUGGCUGCUGCCUCUGCCGCAAUGUUGAAACCGGAUGGGUCGCCAGAGGCGGAAGCCAACACUGGGCCGCUUUACCCAAGGCCCAUGUACCACUACGACCCUGCGACGGGAGGCAUACCUCCAGGUUUCCCGUCAGCGAUAAAUCUCUCUGUAAAAUGUGUCGCGGCGGCGCAGGCACAGGCCCAGGCCCAGGCGCAAGCACAGAUGAAAUCUUCUGAACCAACUUCACCAGGUGGUUCCGUCAUGGACCUGUCUACUUCCAGCGUCACCUCAACAAGUCCGCAGGCACCGGGUUACGGAGCUAGCAACUUGAGCCCCCACUAUGGGGGUGGCCAAAGAGGUGGCGUCGUUGGAGGCAGUCCUCAAGCCGCCGCCAGUCCUCACCACACUGCCAGUCCCCAGGUACCCAGUCCACAGGGACAAACCCUUGAUUUGAGCGUGAGCCGGGUUCCUGCCAGUGGUUCAGCCAGUCCAAUGUACCCCGGAGAGGCGGUUCCUGUGGGCCCCGGGUUCGUUGGCCCACGGUCCAUAGAGGAGCAGACGGAACCCGUGGAUUUCUCGACGGCCAACGAACCGGUGAACUUCAGCAGUGGGGUGCGUCCUGUACCAGGGUUCUCGACUGCGACAGGUGCUGCAGGAGGCUACAGUCGAGAGUCAACUCCGGACAGUGGCGGCUCUCACUACUUGGACACUUACCGGGAUGCUAACGACCCCAUCUGUAUGCCUGUUUCAGGGUAUGCACCCAUGAGCCCCCACCCAGGGUACGCCAUGGCCGGCGUCCAAGCCGAGUACCCAGCCAAUAGCUACACGCCAUACCCAGCGGCAGCAUACUCGUGUGGAGGCGGCGGUGCGGGCUACCCUGGGGCGAUACCUACCAGCUAUCCUGCCCCCGCGUCGAGCGGAUACUCCCCUGGACCAUGCUACAGUAUGCCCCCUCCACAACACCCGCCGCCGCAGCUCGAGAAAGCCCUCACGAAGGACGAUGGUCUGUCCGGGUGUCCGCGUGCUGACCGCACACAGAUCCAGGCACACUCGCAGGAACUUAAGUGUCCGACGCCCGGAUGUGAUGGCUCGGGCCACGUCACUGGCAACUAUUCGUCCCACCGCAGUUUGUCCGGCUGCCCUAGGGCCAACAAACCCAAGAGCAAACCCAGAGACGGGCAGGACUCCGAACCUCUCAGAUGUCCCAUACCUGGAUGUGAUGGAUCUGGACAUGCAACAGGGAAAUUCUUGUCACACAGAAGUGCAUCAGGAUGUCCCAUAGCUAAUCGGAAUAAGCUGCGAGUACUGGAGAAUGGAGGAACAGUUGAGCAGCAUAAAGCAGCUGUAGCAGCAGCCACUGCCAUGAAGUUUGAGGGAGUUAACUGUCCAACACCAGGCUGUGAUGGCACAGGGCACAUCAAUGGUUCAUUCCUCACGCACCGCUCCCUGUCAGGUUGUCCCAUGGCUGGCAGUGGCCAGGCAGGAAUUCCAAAGAAGAACAAGUAUGCACCUGAUGACAUGAACAACAUGUAUGCCAAGGCUCCACCAGGCCUAGAAGGUGGUCCCAGGGUUGGUCAAGGGGGUGAGGAACUUGUCACAUUAGAGGCUGAAAUCACUGAGCUACAAAGGGAGAAUGCUCGUGUUGAGUCCCAAAUGCUGAAGCUGCACACAGACAUCACAGCUAUGGAAGCACAUCUUAGGCAUGGUGAAAAAGAGACUCAAAUAAUCAGUCAGCGUCACAACAACCUCAACGAAUACUAUGAGAGCUUGCGCAACAAUGUUAUCACCUUACUGGAGCAUGUGCGAUUACCUAAUGGCAGUGGUGGUGGUCAAGAGAAGUUGGGCCAUGACAACUUUGAUAGUUACUUGAGCAAGCUUCAGACUCUGUGCACACCUGAUGGCUACUGCAGUGAUGAGAGCAACCGACCCCUUUAUGAGACAGUGAAAUCAGCAUUGCAGGACUUUACUGUCCUCCCUACACCCAUUUAGUCACCCAACUACACUUACUGUGUCCUUCUUUUAACCCAGGUGUAAUUUGGAAAUCGGUUUAGACUGUUUUCAGCUAAUCGAAUUAACAAACACUGAAUAUCAUCUACAGAAGAAAAUAUAUCGACUCCCAGAUGUAUGAUUGGCCCAAGCUAUUAUAAAUACAUAUUUUUAAGCAGCAGUAUUUGAAUAAAAUUGUAGUACUUGCCAUUUACUUACACAAUACAAAAUACUGAAUGAUAAAAUGUGUAUGUCUGAUGAUAGUCACACUUGGUUUACAAGAUUAAUUAACAGUAUUAGUGAAAAUGAUAUCAAUGGAGGUCAUCACAUCAGGACAACAGUGAAUACUUGUAGCAUUCAAUGGUGAAGGCAAUGACCCUUUAUUUUGUUGCAACUGUGUGUUCGGAAUGCAAGGCAUUAAAUCUUUGGAAAAUCCAUCCUGUAAGAUAUUAUCCAUGUCUUGUAUCAAUAGUUAUUGGAAGUACAUUUCUGUGAGACUGUUUUCUUAUUAAAAAUUAUUCAAAAGAUCGCAAGUUCAGUUCAUCGAGAAUCAGAAGAAUGUUGAUAGGUUCCAGCAGAUGCACUGUGUUAAAAUUGUUGAUAGAUUAUCUGCCUUCCUUCUGCAAUUGAAAUGAACCUCACAUGAGUAUCCACUCUGAUAAAUGUACGUUGGUGAGAGCUGCAAUUUGUGAAGUCACAUGUAUGGAGACAAUGACUGCAUCUGUUCAAUCUAUUUAUAUGUGAAUUUAUGAGCAAGAAUGAUAAGCUUUUCAGACAGGAACAGUCAUAUUACUUUUGCAUACUCUGUGCUGUCAGAUUUGUAGUGAAAUUGAGUAAGGCACAAAUCAGACUUCAUUAAUGAAGUGCACAACAGUUGAAUCUCCUGAAAGUGUCGGACAAGCAUCGUAUUUCAUGUAUAAGCAUUUUGAUUUCAUAAUGACUAGUUCAAGACUGUGAAGUGUUUGAAAUUAAGUCAUUAUGACCUAUUUCUUCAGAUGUGGUGUGAUAUCAAUAAAACUCAAAUUGACACUUCAAAAGGUCAUUGUACCAAGAAGAAAUAGAACUUUCUAAAUGUGAGGGCCCAAGCUAAAUAUAAAGGUGCAUGUAACAUAGUCAAGCAAUGAGUGACGUGAACUUUAAAAUCUCAUUGAGGUGACUGAAAUAUGCAGAUAUCCAGACUAAUCCUCUUUUAUUUUUCUGCACUUAACUUGUAAAAAAAAGAGGCAGAAGUAUUUUUCAUAUUGCUGACUCAGUACAGCUGUCAGCAGCUAACCAAGGAGUAGUUUAAUGUGGUUAGUUAAUGGAGUUCCUCGAGUUUAUUUUUUUUUUCUUUUGUCUGGUUUGUGACUAUUAAGUUGAAUAUAUCAGUGUUGAAAUCAGUGAUGUUUAUUGCUCAUUUGUACACAGUUGUUGUUUUCCAAACCUAACUGUGCAUUUUAAUUUAUGUAGUGAUAGUGAUAAGAUGUUUCACAACGUUUUGUUUACAGAUGUUUCCUAUACAUAAUUAGUAUUAAUAUGUUUGUUUGUUGUUAAUGAUGACAUUGUUAUGUUUAUGAUAAUAUGGUGCCAGCAAACUUAUUAAGUUGGAUGAUUCUCUUUGAGUGUUCUUUCUAAUUUAUUCAAAUUGAACAGUUUUAUAAAUGUGAAACUUUUACAUAUGUUAUAUAUAAAAAUUCUUUGGUUCCUUUGUGUAGUAGUGUGCUUUAAUCACUGUUCAGUCUAAUGCAAUUAAUGAACAAGAAUCUGUCAAGAUAAACAAAUGAAUAAUUCCUCAGCAGCACUUCUAAAAAUAGAUAUUCAGUGCUAUAUUCAUAGGUGGUUAGCUGAGAUCAUAAGAUGAUUGAUAUUAAGGAAGGACAGAUUUGGCAAGUAUGUUGCUUGAUGCAUGAUGCCUGAACAAACUGGAGCAACAUGUGAGACCAUCUUUGUUGUGUGCUAUAGAGUUUCUGCUCCAUAAUUCAGAGAUUUUGUUUUCAUGUCUUAGAUAUAUGCACCCACUAUAUUGUGACGAUCUUCUCUUUCAGUUCCUGUUGUUAUUAAAUGUGCAGAAGCAGAGUGAAGUUUGGGAGAACUUGCUUGUUGUAUAUAAAGAAAUAAUAUUGUAAAAAUUUAUUUUAUAGCAAAUCUGCAAUAUUUUUCACUGAAGUAAUAUAACUUUUUCCACUGAAUCACGUUGCAAACGCAGACAGCUAUCAAAUAGCACUAGACACAUAUCCUAAGUAAAUUAAUAUUUCAGGUGUGUUUGGAAACAGUUUGUUUAGAUGACUUGAAAACAAAAUCCCUAUGCAAUGUGAAGUGUACUUGAACUUGGGAAGCUCCUUACAGAGUCUCAUUAGUCUAGAAGUAAUGUUUUGUUUCUGAAUACUAACUAUGGUUAAGACAUGAUAGUAUAGUAUACAACAAAUUAAUUUAUUUGUUAAAUACUGGUAAAGAGAAAUAAUCAGUGUAAAGUAUGAAUGUUGCUCCUGAAGCUUAUUGUUGCCAGACAGACCUGUGUAAAGUAUACAUCAUUGUUAGGUGAAGAACAAUCAAAAGGCACUCACCACCUGUUACAAGCUCAAGACUCAUUAUAGUAGAAAAGAAAUAUAUACAACUGUAGAUAGAAUUUUAACUAGUCACACCUUGAACAAGUUCAUAACUGCAAAUAAACAGAAGCUGUAUGUUAAAAAUUUCUGUUAACUUGCCAACACAAUCAUUGUGUCUAAGUGUGACAUGCAGCUAGCUAUGAAAACCAAAACAAACAACCCCCCAAAAAAAUGGAAAGAAAAGUAAAAUCUAACAAAAACAAAGUUGUAGAUGAGUACUCUGUGUAUCACCUUGAAGCCAUGUUGGUGUAUAUUUUAUGGUCAUUUUAUUUUGUAUUUUUGUAACCAAGUGCUGUGACAAAAUGUUGAAUAUUGCUUUGUAGCCUCAACGAAAACCAAAGCCAAGGAGAAACAGUAAGUGAGAACCCAGUGGGGAACAUAGUGGACAGGCUCCAGCAGCAUUAGGAUCAUGACCACACUGGUUUUUGCAUGGAUGCUAGGAUCUCAGUGACAGCAAGAUGAACGAGUAAGCCACUAGGACAUUUCAAGGUAUUUAUCCAUGAUGUGAUAUAUGAUAGAAGAAUUGACUAGAGAAAAUAUUUUCCCUUGGUUUUAAUGAGUUUGAUCAAUGUAGCAGGUAUAUAGUUUUGUUUUUUAACACAAUUUUACUGUAAUCAUUCCAGUAGAAUAUAUUCUCUGAAUUUUCAAAUAUCUUUAAAUGCCCAAGUGGCCCAGUAACAGAUUAGAUUGUUUCCAUAUGUAAUAUAGUAAAAUACAGUAACAUAUAGGGAUAUAACGAUGUAUAAUAUGUAUGUGUCAUGGUGUUUCAAACUCAUGUGGGUAAAAGUUUAUCACAAAACGUUUAUGUUGAAAAGAUCUCUGUGUGCCACACUAUGAUUAAAACAUUUGGGAAGUGUA